GUGGCCAAAGACUUUAGCUGGUAUCCUUGCCUUCUUGCCCUGCGCUCCUGCCACCUUUGGCUCGGCCCACCACCCCUCUAGCAGCGCCGCCCACCCCUCCAGCCAGAGGGGGAAGAAGGCUUGGCGGAGCUGUGACCAAAGUGGACGCUGGGCGGAGGAGGACUACACCCAGUGUCCGUACGCCAGCGAGCUGACCCGCGUGCUGCACGAACUCACACAGAUAACUGUGAAUACCACCAAUGCUCAGCCCUUGGGCCAGCAGUUAGUGGCCUUCACCAGCAGGGCAGCACACUUCACUGAUGUCAUGGACGUCAUCUUCGUCACUCACCUGGUGGAGAGGUUGACGAGGCUGGUGGAGAAACGUAAAGAUCUGGGGGACUAUAUAUCAGACAUCGCCAGUAACAUGAUGCUGGUGGAGGAGCACGUCCUGUGGAUGGCCCAGAAUGAGGCCAGAGCGUGCACUCGCAUCGUCCAGUGCGUGGAGCGCAUCGCCGACCUGUCGCUGACCGGAGACAAUCAGGUCAUUUCUAAGGUUUCAGCUAACAUAGCUCUGGAGGCCUUUCUGAUCCAACCAUCGAACUUCCUCGGUCUGUCCUGUACUGCACUUCAGCGCACCCCCCCCUCAUCUGCCAUCUCGCCCCUCCCUGACGGCCACUCCCACUCCGACCAGGACAAGAUCAGAGAGGGUGACGCCGCGGGGGAGUCGUUGCUCAACUUCAAAUGCCACACCGUCAACAACAGCGCUUCAACAGCCAGUCAGCUCAGCAAG